AUGGAUACAGGCGAUCGCGUUCUCUGCCAUGCCUGCGGCAGAGUAUGGCUUCGCAAUCUGUAUGACACUCUAGACUGCCCGUACUGCAGCUCAGACUUUACAGAAAUCAUCGAAAUCCCUCCCGAUACAGAUCCCGAACCUGAAGCCUCUCCUGUAUCCUCACCUUCCCCUUCAUCGUCGCAGCCGCACCCCGACCCCCCAGAGUCCUUCCCUGGCCAGCGCUCGCCCUCGCCGUUCCCAGCAAGCCCAUUUGCGAACCACGACCCAUGGGGCCACAUGAAUGAUGGAGAUGACCAUGGGUGGAUCGACCCUGGCUAUCAUUACACUCACCGGACCUUCCAAUCUCCUGGCGGCAACAUCCGAUUCACUUAUCAACUCCGCAGAGGACCGGGCGCGACCAGAGGAAUGGGCCAUGAGACCACGGAUCCUGCAAGCACCGCGUUCCAAGGCUUCGAUUCAUUCAUUCACAAUAUGGGUGAGCUCAACCGCGAACGCGCCGCGCGGGCGCAAGGACCUGGGUCGCCAAGCCGUCCGCAGCCGCCGCGACACGCUUUCGAUAACAUGUACGGGCCAGGAAACGCUCCCCGUUCUCCCCAUGGCCGUCAUCACGGGCCUGGUGGCUUGUUUCCUCGCGAUGCGAAUGGCCCUCAGCCGAUGGACUCUCCGCUGCAGAAUCUGGGAGAGAUGCUUGAUAUAUUCCACACCAACAUCACCAACCUACAAGCCGGGCAGCCUGGAGGAUCUGGCAGGCCUGGAGGACCAAAUAUUCGUGUCAUGAAUGGCGGCGCUGAUAAUCCUAUUGGAGCGCUCCUUGCGGCUCUCUUGAAUAUCAGCCGCAAUGGUGAUGCAGUGUAUUCUCAGGAAGAACUGGAUCGGGUGAUAUCCGAGUUGGUAGAGCAGGCAGGAAACCGCACCGCCGCACCUCCGGCAUCCCAAGACGCCAUCCAUGCCCUCCCUAAGAAAAUAGCCGAUGCAGGAUUGCUUGGAGGCGAGGGAACCGAGUGUUCGAUUUGUAUGGACGCCGUCAAAGUGGGCGACGAGGUCACCGUUCUCCCUUGCACACACUGGUUCCACCCGCAGUGCAUCGAGAUGUGGCUAAACCAGCAUAACUCCUGCCCGCACUGUCGACGCGGGGUUGAACCAACGACGGCGCCGGGUGCGAAUGCGCCUACCCCGACAUCAUCAGAAGGGAACUACGACCAGGCCGAACGCCCAGAUACCAACGCCAACAACAACACACCCUCAACUGCUACUGAUGAGGGCCAAAGAUCUCGUCCGCGGACAACCAGUCGUGGCGAAAGUACGACCUCGACCUCGAGUUCUGGCGGAUGGACAGGAUGGGUUCGCAGUCGGCUUGGAGGAAGUGGGAGUUGA